AUGAGUCACCUUAAUGUCACGUGCUUUGUGGGUAUGAAAAAAGACAGGUCUCGUGAUCCAGUGGGCGACUGUGAGCUGAACAGUCAAGUAUGCGCUUAUUAUCCAAACCGACUUGCUAUCUCCAGCAGCCCGGAAGGCGUAUCUGAUUCGGCCGCCAAUGCUGCAGCUACCAUCGCGGCUGCAGCGCUGGUUUCCAGACAGCAGCAACAGCAACAGCAACAACAGCAGCAAUACCUCUCACAACACCUUCUCGGUCCCGGCCCAGCCAUUGUAUCAUUGGCCUACGCAUCCCAGGAACUUAUCGUCUGUGAGAGUUCCUUGGUGAAAGUCUGGACGGCGGGAACGUGUUUUCUCCGCAGUACGACUGCUACACGUGUUCCACAUUUGUCCGUGGACCCGUGGAGAGUGGUUGACUUCCUGCUCUCUACGCGCGCGCGAGUCUACGGUGCAGACAAUCGACGUCCGAUGAGUCACCUUAAUGUCACGUGCUUUGUGGGUAUGAAAAAAGACAGGUCUCGUGAUCCAGUGGGCGACUGUGAGCUGAACAGUCAA